AUGGACACCAAUAAGCGCGUCGCGAGGACAGUCAAAAGUGACUUUGAGCAAGACCUCGACCGCCUCACCCAAGAAAUCAAGGCCGGCGAUGGAUCGGCCGAGCACGACCAGAAAUGGGCAAGGCCCCCGGUGGUGCCGUCCUCUGGGCCACUGUGCUUCCAGCAGAUUGAGAUCGAAGAGAGCAUGGAUGCUUCAGGCCCUACCCUGCGUCUCUUCGGCGUCUCUGAGCGCGGCAACAGUGUCCUCUGCCACAUCACUGGCUUUCUUCCCUACUUUUACGUGCCGGCGCCUAAUGGCUUUACAGAGAAGCACUUGCGGCCGUUCAUGCAGGCUGUUGAAAAUGCCACUGGAGCCGGUGGGUCCCUCUCAAUUCAGACCACUCUAGUCAUGCGUGAAUCGCUCUACGGCUUCCAGGGCAAUCAAAAGUCUCCCUUCGUCAAAAUUGUCCUCAACGACCAAAAACACUUGCCAAAGACUCGCAAUGCCUUUGAACGUGGUGAUGUCAGCUACAAUGGGAUGUUCCCAGGGCAAAUUAUGACUUUUGAGUCGACACUGGCGUAUGAGUUGCGAUUCAUGAUUGACACAGGCUUGUUUGGCAUGUCUUGGAUAGAGCUUGCGCAGUUUGAGACAGUGCCGGCACACUCUCGCGUAUCUAUUUGCCAGCUGGAGGUCAAGGCGCACUACAAGUCCAUGAAGGCACAUGCUCCUGUCGACAUCUGGGCAAAGAUGGCUCCGCUUCGUGUUCUAUCCUUUGAUAUCGAGUGCGCUGGUCGCAAGGGUGUCUUUCCUGAUGCACAGCUUGACCCUGUCAUUCAAGUUGCCAACACCGUCACGCGCUAUGGAGAUGCCAAGCCCUUUGUUCGCAACGUCUUCACCAUCGAUACAUGCGAGCCAAUCGUGGGUGCAGAAAUCUUUGAGCACCAGGACGGCAAAGACAUGCUCCUUGCAUGGAGCGACUUUGUUCGGAAGGUGGACCCGGAUGUCAUCAUUGGCUACAAUACCCAAAACUUUGACUUGCCAUAUCUGCUUGAUCGCGCCAAAGUGCUCAAGGCAAGUGCUUUUCCAUACCUCGGGAGAAUUGAGCGCACACCUUCGACCGCAUCAGACACCACCUUUUCCAGCAAGGCGUACGGCAAAAGGGAGUCCAAGAGCAUCAAUAUAGAUGGUCGGCUGCAACUAGACAUGUUGCAAGUGAUGCAGCGUGACUACAAGCUCAGAUCCUAUACCCUCAACGCAGUCUCUGCUCUUUUUCUUGGCGAACAAAAAGAAGACGUCCAUCACAGCAUCAUUACAGACCUUCAAAAUGGCAAUGCCGAGUCGCGCCGUCGUCUAGCAGUAUAUUGUUUGAAGGAUGCAUUCUUGCCGCAACGGCUAAUGGACAAGCUCAUGACCUUUGUCAAUUACACAGAAAUGGCGCGUGUGACAGGUGUGCCCUUCAAUUACCUCCUGACGCGAGGUCAGCAAAUCAAAGUCAUCUCACAGCUCUUUCGCAAAUCACGCGAAGAAAGUCUAGUCAUCCCAAACAUAAGGAGCGAGAGUGGUGACGGUGAAAUGUAUGAAGGAGCCACAGUCAUUGAGCCUGAGCGCGGCUAUUACGAUGUGCCCAUUGCCACACUCGACUUUUCAUCGCUGUAUCCGAGUAUCAUGCAAGCGCACAAUCUAUGCUAUACCACGCUUCUCAACGCUGCCAUGAUUGACAAGCUAAAUCUGAAGCUACACGAUGACUACGUGCUGACGCCCAAUGGUGAUUGCUUUGUCAAGGCUUCGCAUCGAAAAGGCUUGCUACCCCUGAUUUUUGAAGACUUGCUCGGCGCGAGAAAGCGAGCCAAGGCUGACUUGAAAAAAGAGACGGAUCCAUUCAAGCGUGGUGUACUCGAUGGUCGUCAGCUUGCCCUCAAAGUCUCUGCCAACUCUGUCUAUGGCUUUACAGGUGCAACCAAUGGAAAACUGCCUUGCCUGCCCAUCUCGUCAUCCACCACAGCGUAUGGCCGUGAAAUGAUUGAAAAGACGAAGGAAGAGGUUGAGUCCAAAUACACAAUUGCCAAUGGCUACUCACACAAUGCGCAAGUCAUCUAUGGCGAUACAGAUUCUGUCAUGGUUAAGUUUGGUCAAGCAGAUUUACAAAGUGUCAUGGACCUCGGUGCUGAAGCGGCAGCCUUCGUCACUACCAAGUUUGUGCAGCCCAUCAAGCUAGAGUUUGAAAAGGUCUACUAUCCGUACUUGCUCAUCAAUAAGAAGCGUUAUGCAGGCUUGUACUGGACGCGUGCGGACAAGUACGACAAGAUGGACUCCAAGGGGAUUGAGACUGUUCGACGAGACAAUUGCCGCUUGGUGAGCAACAUGAUUGAUACGGCUCUUCGCAAGAUGCUGAUUGAUCGGGACCCUGAAGGUGCACAAGAUUAUGUCAAAAACACCAUUGCCGAUCUCCUGCAAAAUAAGGUGGAUCUGUCCAACUUGGUCAUUACAAAAGCACUGUCCAAGAGCGACUAUGCCAACAAACAACCGCACGUCGAGUUGGCUGAACGCAUGCGAAAACGCGACGCAGGGUCGGCACCUACGCUAGGGGACCGUGUUGCCUAUGUUAUCAUCAAGGGCGCCAAGAGCGACAAGCUGUAUGAAAAGACCGAAGAUCCCAUCUACGUGCUUGACCACAACUUGCCCAUUGAUGCCAAGUACUACCUGGAGAAUCAGCUCUCGAAACCACUCAUGCGCAUCUUUGAGCCUAUCCUCGGCGAUAAAGCGAGUAGUCUGCUGUCUGGCGACCAUACUCGGACCAUCUCUGUCGCAGCACCGUCUAUUGGUGGACUGAUGAAGUUUGCAGUCAAGAAGGUCACAUGUCUUGGUUGUAAAUCGCCCGUGGAUGGAAAUGCGCCAGUCUGCAAGAACUGCGUCGCGCGUGCCCCAGAGCUCUACACAAAGAUUGUCAAUCACCACUCCGAAGUCGAGACGCGCUUUGCUCGUUUGUGGACGCAGUGUCAGCGGUGUCAGGGCUCUCUGCACCAGGAUGUCAUUUGCACGAGCAAGGAUUGUCCAAUCUUUUACAUGCGCAAGAAGUGCCAGAAGGACAUGCUGGACGUUUCGAGAAAUUUGGAUCGAUUCGACGCAGAGCUCUUUUAG